GUGCGCUCGGGGAUUGUUUUAAUGUGUUUUUCUUAUUUUGAAUGCAUCUUAAAUGUUGUUUUAAAGUUGGGUAAGCGCUUUUACUGGGACAUAUUUUCCUUUGGUUGGAUGCAGCUCCUUAUUUGACCUUUAAUAAAGGUCAUGGUUCUCAUCUGUGAAGGAAUGCAUUGUAUUCUGGAGCCAUUACCAUCCCACCAAGCGCUUCUCCUGUCUGCUGCAGCACAGUCCAUCAGUUCACAGGCUCAGCUGACUGAUCGAUAAACCACUUAGCAGCCUUGAGAGUAUCAGACAUGAAAAGGGAGGAGAGGGAUAGGAGGGGCAGAGGCGAGAGAGAAAGAGGCAGCAGCCACUCAUCAGCAGGUUAGUGAGAGCAGCAGCCACAGGAGGAGGAGGAGGAAGAAGUAAGGAAGAAAAAAAAUUGGAACGAGAGAAACUGUGUGGCUGCAGUCGGGAGCAACACAAACACAAGCAGGGAGGCGGAGAUCCGGAGAGAAGAGAAGAUUUCCCCUCCUCACCUCUGACCCAUGAAAGAAGCGAUGCCGGUUCUCACAGCUGGAGCAGGGCUGCAUGAAACACUGGCUCUGCUGACCUCUCAGUUGCGCCCCAAUGCCAACCACAAAGAGGACAUGGUCUUUCUGAAAGACGUCUUCAGUGAGAGGAGUUUGGGAUACCUCAUGAAGAUACAUGAGAAACUGAGACAGUACGAGAGACAAAGCCCCACACCGGUCCUCCACAGCGCCUCCUCUCUGGCUGAAGAUGUGGCAGAAGAGCUACAGACUGGACCAAUGAGCUCAGAGGAGAAGGAACUGCUGCACCUGCUGAUGUCACCACAUCUGAAGGCUGUCCUCUCAGUGCAUGACACCGUGGCUCAGAAGAACUUUGACCCUGUGUUGCCUCCGCUGCCUGAUGAUUUUGAGGACGAGCUGGAUGAGGAGUCUGUGAAGAUUGUCAGACUAGUGAAGAACAAGGAGCCUCUGGGAGCAACGAUCAGACGAGAUGAAACAACAGGAGCAGUGAUCGUAGCCCGGAUUAUGAGAGGAGGUGCUGCAGAUCGAAGCGGUUUGGUCCAUGUAGGAGAUGAACUCAGGGAAGUCAAUGGAGUUUCUGUGAUCCACAAGAGGCCUGAUGAGAUCAGUCAGCUGUUGUCCCAAUCCCAGGGCUCCAUCACGCUAAAGAUAAUCCCAGCUAUCAAAGAGGAGGACACACUGAGGGAGAGUAAGGUAUACAUGAGAGCCUUGUUUGACUACACACCUCUGGAAGACAAGGCCACACCCUGCCAGGAAGCAGGACUUCCCUUCAAACGGGGGGACAUCCUGCAGGUUGUGACACAGGACGACCCCACAUGGUGGCAGGCCAAGCGCGUGGGAGACAACAAUCUGCGGGCCGGACUGAUCCCAUCCAAACAAUUCCAGGAGAGGCGACUGGUCUACAGGAUGAAAAUGGGCACGCUUCCGAAUCCAAAAUCCCCUAAAAAGCCUGCUUCUGAAGGAUGUGACAAAGAGGACUGUGACUGUGAAGGCUAUUUCAAUGGACAGUACAUAGAAAGCCAGGCUGUAGUUUCUUCUAAGUGUAAAGCAGUGGCGCCCUCCUGUGGCCAGGUGUUUUCCUGGGAAUUUUAUUCAGCUGGUUUACGGAGGAGCUUCCGGUUGAGUCGUAAGGAUCGUCAGGAAUCAUCUGGAGAGGGCUCGGAGCUUGGAGAGUCAGAUUUUCUGACCUAUGAGGAGGUGACCCGCUAUCAGCAGAGGUCUAACGAGAGGCCACGCCUAGUGGUUCUGAUCGGUUCUCUUGGAGCGCGAAUCAAUGAGUUGAAGCAGCGGGUGAUAGUUGAAAAUCCACAUCGUUAUGCUGUAGCUGUUCCACAUACUACCAGGCCUAAGAAACCUCAUGAGAAAGAUGGUGUGGAGUAUCACUUUGUCACCAAGCAGCAGUUUGAUGCAGACACUUUAAACAACAAAUUUAUAGAGCAUGGGGAGUACAAGGAGAACCAGUAUGGCACCAGUAUAGAGGCAAUCCGCUCUGUUCAAGCCAAGAAUAAGAUGUGUAUAGUUGAUGUUCAGCCUGAGGCCCUGAAGAGGCUACGAACUGCAGAGUUUAAGCCAUAUGUUAUAUUUGUCAAACCUCGAAUUCCCGAGAGCCGACGUCGCCGCAGUGCUGCCACCUCACCAGGAGGGGGAGAGCAUGGCCGUCUUACAGAUGAAGACCUCCAGGAAAUGCGUCAGUCUGCCGUUCAAAUCGAUCAGCAGUAUGGACACCUGGUGGACCGUGUGCUGAUCAAGGAGGACUCGGCCGGUGCUUGUGCCGAACUGCGAGGAAUUUUGGAAAGAUUGGAACGCGAUUCCUUCUGGGUGCCUCUCAUCUGGGUGCGGACCUAAAUGCAACACCCACACUCCCUGUAUCUUCUGAGGCAUCCCACCCAACUCUUGCACUGGUCUUCUCAUGAGCCAAUACCUCUAUACCCCAAGGCUACUGGCCAACCCUAGUCUACUGAACUGUGGCCAUCUUAUUUACAGCAGCACCACAGGCAGAUGAAGUCAAAAAGAAAUACCUCAGUUUUGCAGCAGGCUGACCAUUUGAUUGCCUAAGUUCCCAAAGUAAUAAGCAGUUUUGCAAUAUUGAGAAGCAUUUAAUGUUGAAAUAAAGUUUAUACUUACUGAAUUCCAGUCCAAGAACGAGAGCAGAUGAUGUAAUCCCAGUUUUCCUGGAAGGUAUCAAAUUUGGCUUUUAAAAGUCUGUUGAAGUGCUAACAUUUACAGCAUGUAGAAUGCUUUUUGACAAGUUUGUAAUUUAAGUCAUUUAUCAGUAAUAGUUACAAUUCACCUAAAUUAUAUCUGACUCCUAGGAAUCUUUUGUGGAAAUAGGUAAAGUAAAAUUUUCGUCCUACACCACAUCUCAAACAUUUUAUUCCUCAUUAUCUCAGCUUUUAGUAGCAUGAUUUAUUUUAGUUCUACAGCUUUACUGAACAGCAGCUGCUGAAAGCUUCCGGUUUAUUCCUACCGCUAAUGCAUCCUGUACAGCAUAAGAGCCUUUUGCACAAUCCACUGCAGAAGAGAAAGACAUCUGACAAUUCCUGAUACAGCUAGGUCAUUAAGUUACAAAUUAAGGAAGUAUCCAUAUGGAAUGUGAGAACAUUUUCCACUGAACUGGUUUUUGAAAUGCAUGGUGACAGAGUGCUCACUCUCAUUUGUAAAAGCUAAAUGUUACUCCUGGUGUGCCAACGAAUGAAAGAUGUCGUAGCACUUCAAUGCAACCCGUUUACCUUCGUCAGUUUAACUGUACAGGUCCUUCUCAAAAUAUUAGCAUAUUUCAUCCGACCAAUAAAAGAAAAGUGUUUUUAAUACAAAAAACGUCAACCUUCAAAUAAUCAUGUACAGUUAUGCACUCAAUACUUGGUCGG